AUGACUGACGCGGCCAACGCAAACAACGAGCUUUAUCCCAUCGCAGUUCUCAUCGACGAGCUAAAGCACGAUGAUGUCCUGCUUCGCCUCAACGCCAUCCGCCGUCUCUCCACCAUUGCUCUUGCUCUCGGCGCCGAGCGCACCAGAGACGAGCUGAUCCCCUUCCUAGACGAAUCCGUCGAGGACGAGGACGAAGUCUUGGUGGCCCUGAGCGAUGAACUGGGCAGCUUUAUCGAGUACGUAGGAGGCCCCUCAUACGGCCAUGUCCUCCUGUCGCCGUUGGAGAAUCUGGCUGCCAUCGAGGAGCCUGUGGUUCGGGACAAGGCUGUCGAGUCGUUGAACAAGAUCUGCGAAAGCCUCGACGCGCAACAAGUUGAGGAGUACUUCAUUCCACUCACCAUCAGGCUCUCCAAGGCGGAUUGGUUCACCUCCAAGGUGUCUGGCUGCGGCCUCUUCACGGCGCCUUACCGCAAGGUUUCGCCCCCCAUCCAAGAACAGCUUCGCCAGCAGUUCGGUCUACUCGUCCACGAUGAUACCCCCAUGGUCCGCCGACAGGCUGCCAACAACCUGGCCAAGUUCGUCAAGGAGAUGCCUGCGUCCAUUGUAAUCGACGAAAUGAUACCCCUCUUCCAGCAUCUCGUGCAAGACGACCAGGACAGCGUGCGCCUACUCACCGUCGAGAUUCUCAUCUCCAUUGCCGAGGUCGUCCCCAAGGAGCAACAGGCCAGCCAUGGCGUGCUGUUGACCUCUCUGCGGAACUUGAUAGAAGACAAGAGCUGGAGGGUCCGAUACAUGAUUGCCGACAGGUUUGAAAAGAUCGCCAAGGCCGUCGACGAGGAAGUGGUUUCCCGAGACCUCGUUCCCGCGCUCGUAAAGCUGCUCAAGGACAACGAGGCCGAGGUCCGGACUGCCAUCGCCGGUCAGAUCCCCGGAUUCUGCGCACUGGUCGAGCGAUCUACGCUGCUCAACGACAUCAUGGGCAGUGUCGAGGACCUUGUGUCGGACAGCUCACAACACGUUCGUGCCGCCUUGGGCACGCAAAUUAGCGGGUUGGCUCCUAUUCUAGGCAAACAAGAGACCAUUGACCACCUCCUCCCCAUGUUUCUCCAGAUGCUCAAGGACGACUUCCCUGAAGUUAGACUCCACAUCAUCUCAAAACUUGAGCAAGUCAAUCAAGGCAAGUACCUCGGAGCAAGGAGACAGGCAUUGCAUAAGACACUUGCCAUGCUGGCUGAAGACAAGCAAUGGAGAGUGCGUCUCGCCAUUAUCGAGUACAUCCCAUUACUUGCAAGUCAGCUUGGCGUCAAGUUUUUCGACGAGAAGCUCAGCAACCUCUGCAUGGGCUGGCUGGGAGACACCGUCUUCUCCAUCCGCGAGGCGGCCACGCACAACUUGAAGAAGUUGACCGAGGUGUUUGGAGUCGAGUGGGCUAGUGAGCAGAUCAUCCCCAAGGUCAUGGGAAUGGGAAGCCAUCCCAACUACCUCUACCGAAUGACCACUUGCUUUGCCAUUUCGACUCUGGCUACUGUUGUCAGCAUAAACGUGAUUGCCAAGUCCGUUCUGCCCAUGCUUGACAAGAUGGUGGACGACGACAUCCCCAACAUUCGAUUCAACGUGGCCAAGACAUAUUCGGUACUGAUCAACGCGCUGCGCCGCUUGCCGGACGAGGGGACACUGUAUUCGCUCGAGAAGGAGGGUGCCGACAUUGUGCCUUCGCCCAGGGGCCAGGAGCUUAUCCAGCAGCGCGUCCUGCCCAACUUGACAAAGCUGCAAAAGGACGACGAUGUGGACGUUCGAUACUUUGCGACUACAGCGGCAACUGAGGCGACGGGAUCCGCGCAGGGCGGGGAGCCUAUGAAUACAUCACCAUAG